AUGCAUGAGCCUGCAAAAACAUCGACGGUCAUCCACAUCUCUCAAGCAGGAAAUUUCAGAGGUCACUGUCACUACGCGCACCGUCUGGUCUUACCUGUGAUUAGCCAGUCUCUCAGCAAGUUGGCCAAGAAAGAAACCCCUCCUCACCAAAAAGAUGAGGAGGAUAUGGUCAAGGACUAUCUUCGAAAGGAGAGGAUCAAGACACUACACUGGUCAGGCAACAACCCAGAUCUCGACGCUAUCGAAAACAUCUGGAAGCACUUAUUUAAUAUUGCUAUUUGUUUUACAGAGACGGAAAGGAAGAUACGUGCAAAUGACCCGGAGUACAAUGCACAAUUUAUCUAUGCUAACAACUACAUCAGAACUUCUAAAUACACAGUCUUGACCUUUCUCCCAAGAAAUUUUUUUGAGCAGUUUCAGCGAUUAGCAAAUUUUUACUUCUUGUGUUUAUUGGUGUUGCAGCUGAUACCACAGAUAUCUUCCCUGACACCCGUUACUACCGCAGUGCCUUUAGUUGUUGUGUUGUCCCUUACAGCACUGAAGGAUGCCAUUGAUGACAUUCAACGGCAUCGUAGUGACAAUCAAGUAAAUAAUCGAGAUUCUAGAGUGCUACGCAGUGGUAAGCUUGUGGAUGAACGAUGGCACAAAGUACAAGUUGGAGACAUAAUAAGAAUGGAAAAUGACCAAUUUGUUGCUGCUGAUUUACUACUGUUAUCCACCAGUGAACCUAAUGGCCUUUGUUAUGUAGAAACAGCUGAAUUGGACGGAGAAACAAACUUAAAAUGUAGACAAGCACUACCAGAAACUGCAGAGCUGGGAGAGAACAAUGUAGAUAUUGGAAACUUUGAUGGUGAAAUCACUUGCGAGCCUCCUAAUAAUAAUUUAAGUAAAUUUGAGGGAACAUUACAUUGGCAGGGUGAGGCCUAUUCCCUUGACAAUGAUAAAAUGCUACUUAGAGGCUGCAUUUUACGUAACACCCGCUGGUGUUACGGGUUGGUGGUUUUUGCAGGCCGUGACACGAAACUAAUGCAGAAUAGUGGGAAAACUAUGUUCAAGCGCACAAGCCUAGACCGCUUGUUAAAUAUUUUAAUCAUUGGGAUUGUCUUCUUCCUGUUCAGCAUGUGCCUGUUUUGUACCAUAGCAUGUGGAGUAUGGGAAAGUGUUACUGGACAACACUUCAGGAUUUAUCUUCCUUGGGAUUCACUUAUACCAAAGGAAAAUACAACAAGUGGAGCCACUGUUAUUGCAGUGCUUGUAUUUUUUUCCUAUGCAAUAGUGUUAAAUACUGUUGUACCUAUUUCCCUAUAUGUGAGUGUGGAAGUUAUUCGUUUUGCCCAUAGUUUAUGGAUAAAUUGGGAUCAAAAGAUGUAUUAUGAAACAAAAGACACUCCAGCUCGAGCACGGACCACAACUUUGAAUGAGGAGCUUGGCCAGAUAGAGUAUGUAUUCUCUGAUAAAACUGGUACCCUCACCCAAAACAUUAUGAUCUUCAAUAAGUGUAGCAUUAAUGGUCGAAUGUACGGGGAAGUACUUGAUCCAGCAACAGGAGAACCAUUGGAGAUAACAGAGGAUAUGAAACCCAUAGACCUAUCUAGCAACCCCAUGUAUGAGCCUCAGUUUAAGUUUUAUGAUGAGAUGCUCCUUGAUGAUGUAAAAGCUGGUGAAAAGGAUGUUUAUGAAUUCUUCAGUUUGUUAGCUUUAUGUCAUACUGUGAUGUCAGAAGUUAAAGAAGGUCGACUUGAAUAUCAAGCCCAGUCCCCAGAUGAGGAAGCCCUUACUUCUGCUGCCAGGAAUUUUGGUUUUGUUUUUAAAUACCGCACACCGACAAGUAUUACCAUUGAAACAAUGGGAGAAGAACAGGUAUAUGAACUGAAGGGAAUUCUAGAUUUCAACAACGUCCGAAAACGCAUGUCUGUGAUAGUAAAGAAAAAUGGGAAGUUAAAACUCUACUGUAAAGGUGCUGAUUCUGUGAUAUUUGAGCGCCUUAACCCAGAUUCAGCAGAAAUAAAAAUAAAAACAAUGGACCACCUUAAUAAAUUUGCCUCUGAAGGAUUACGCACCCUGUGCCUUGCUGUGAAAGAUCUUGAUGAAGACUACUUUGAAGAAUGGAAAGAGAGAUUCAAUGAGGCAGCAACAUCAAUGGACAAUCGAGAAGAUAAAGUAAAUAGUGUUUAUGAAGAAAUUGAAAAGAAUCUUAAUCUUAUUGGAGCAACAGCAAUAGAAGACAAGCUACAAGAUGGAGUUCCCCAAACCAUAGCUAAUUUAGCACUGGCUGGUAUAAAGAUCUGGGUUUUAACAGGAGACAAACAAGAAACUGCUGUUAACAUUGGCUAUUCAUGUCAGUUACUGACAGAUGAAAUGGUGGAUAUUUUCAUAGUGGAUGGGAUUGAAUAUCACGAAGUGGAAAAACAACUCAUUACUUUCCGUGAGAAUAUUAAUAGUGUCUUAAGUACUACUAAAGCUUCCAGACACCUGAGUAUAAUUACAUUUAGUGAUGAACAAGGAGCAGAUGGAGAAUUUGGGGGCUUUGGUAUUGUGGUGAAUGGAAACAGCCUAGUCCAUGCCUUAAAUCCUAACAUGGAGUAUCUGUUUCUCUCUGUUGCUUCACAGUGUAAGGCAGUCAUUUGCUGCAGAGUGACACCAUUACAGAAAGCUCUGGUUGUUGACCUUGUUAAACGUCACAAGAAAGCAGUUACUCUUGCUAUUGGUGAUGGAGCAAAUGAUGUCAGCAUGAUUAAAACUGCCCACAUAGGAGUUGGUAUCAGUGGUCAAGAAGGAAUGCAAGCUGUAUUGUCUAGUGAUUUUUCUCUUGCCCAGUUUCGCUUUUUGGAAAGAUUGCUUCUAGUUCAUGGCCGCUGGUCUUACCUUCGUAUGGCCAAAUUCCUCCGUUACUUUUUCUACAAGAACUUUGCCUUCACACUUUGUCACUUCUGGUUUGCUUUCUUCUGUGGGUUUUCAGCACAAACUUUGUUUGAUCCGGUGUUCAUCUCUUUCUACAAUGUGUUUUACACAUCCUUACCUGUUCUGGCUUUGGGCAUAUUUGAUCAGGAUGUAAGUGACAAGAAUUCCCUCAAAUUUCCAAAGCUCUACACUCCAGGCCAUCUAAAUCUACUUUUCAAUAAAAAAGAGUUCUUGAAAAGUGUCUUUCAUGGUUUUCUCACUUCUUUUAUCCUCUUCUUCAUUCCAUAUGGAACCUUUAAUGAUAGUGUAGCACCAGAUGGAAUUAAUUUGGAUGGCCAUCAGUUAUUGGGGACUGCAGUGUCAACCAUUUUAGUGCUUGUCGUCACUUCUCAGGUGGCUCUGGAUACAGCAUACUGGACACUGUUUAACCAUAUUGUCAUCUGGGGUAGUGUGGCAUUUUAUUUUGCAAUGACACUUUUCAUCAACAGUAAUUUUAUUGGAAAUGCUUACAUGGGUUCCUUCCGUAUGGCUCUAAGUUCGGCCCAUUUUUGGUUCACUACCUUCAUCACACUGGCAAUACUGAUUGUGCCUGUUAUAGCAAUCAGGUUCUAUUAUGUAGACCUCUUUCCUACUCUGUCCAAUAAAGUUCGCCUCAAGCAAAGAAAAGAUCGUCGUACUCGCCCAAGAAUUGCUGAACCGCAACGAAGACCAUCAAGCAUUCGGCGAAGUCGCCGCUCAUUACGUUCUGGUUAUGCUUUUGCACACCAAGAGGGCUUUGGCAGGUUAAUCACAAGUGGUAAGAUUAUGAAAAAGAGUAAAUCAGGACACCUUCAAGUUCCGAACUUCCCAAGUGUAGCAUGGUCUCCCAAAGGAAAUGCAUCCAACUCUCGCAACGCCCGAGGAACACGAAAUGCACCUUCAACUGUUGAGAUUUUUUAGAUUAUUUUCUGUAUUAAUAUGACUUUGGGUGUUAUAAGCACGUGAAUCAAAGCACAUGAAAGUAUUUGGUGUGACUAUUGUCAAGCUUGAUGUUUCAGAGUGAUAUAUCAUGUCUAAUAAACUGAAGUAACAUGUUUCUUGGUAGGUAGAAUAGGUUAGUUUAUUGGCUAUCAACUUUGAUUUUCUACAGCCACAGGUUUCUGUUUCUAUUUCCCUUCUUUGCCCUAGUUACACUUACAUGUGUGCUGUGAUGUAACAUAUCAAGAGUUCUAGAUCUAGUUUUGCUGAUGACUUUGGGCAAAAUUUGAACUUUUAUGAAAACAGUUUAUUUUACAUUUUCACACAUUUUAAGUAGUGUCUACAUUGAAAACUGAUUUUUGUGAAAUAGAUUUGCUAAGCUAUAAUACAUUUUAACAUAUUGCUAGGUAAUAAGAGAACAUUAUUUCAGUUUGAAUAAAAAUUUGUGUACAGACAUCACUCGUGAUGCAGCUAUUAAGCCUUGAACACAAAAGUUUUCAAGAUGCUAACUCUAGUUGGUUUAAAAAUCAAAAUACAAAAGAGAUUUGUGAAAAGCAAUCUUGUGACGUGAGAGUUUACAUAGCAUCUAUUAAAGUAAAUUGUUAGAAUUGCAAGGUUUUUGUAAUUCAUACACAGUAUUAUGUUGUCAGUAAAAGUAAUUUUAUUAUUUGCAUUAAUAAUGGCAACUUAUUUACUGCAUUUAAUAUUAUUGUUUAUUUUGUGUACAUAUAUAUUUGAGAUCUGUGACAUUGCAAGCAUUUCAUAGUGUUUUUACAUUCAGCACUGGUUCCAUUCUAGUUUUGGAAUUUGUUUGUGUGUUUGGCUUCCAAAUCUCAACACAGAUAUACAGUUCCAUAGUUGAUGGAGUGUUCAAUAUUUUCAAAUUAUAUAUUAAAAUAUUUUUGAAGAGGAUAUUUUUAUGUAAUAAAUACUUUGAGAAACUAAAAGAAAAUCAGUUUCACAUUUUCUAUUUAUUUAUUUAAGGUUUUAUUAUUGACUUUAUUUAAAAUUAUGUUUAUGACUAGUAACAAAUAAAACCAAUUUUAGACUUAUUUAAAAAGUGUAGUGAUUGUAUUUAGUGUUUCUUUAAUUGACAGUCAUAUGUUAAUAGAAGCAAGCCUUAUAUCUCUAUAUUUAGUUUUUUUUAUAGUGCAGACUAUUAUGUGAAGUUCACAAGUAACUUUAACAUUUAUCUUGGAAGACCGUAUAAGAGUGACUGGUACAGAGUCUCAAAUUCAUAUCCUCUGCCAGUAUGACACCUAUGAAUAAUACCCUGAUGAAGACUUCACUUUUAUUUUCAUGAUUUUAUACAAACCACCUUAAUAUGGGAAUUAUGUAAUUAAGUUUUUGUAAGUGAUGGAGUUAUAUACUGUGUUAGGUGUGAGAAGCAAGUGGUUCACUGAGCUUACACAAAGUAGCGGAGUUAUAUAUUGAAUCAUGUGUCAGAAAUUUGUGGUUUACCAAAUUUUCACAAAUAGAUGGAGUUGCAGACUAAGUUGUGUAAAAAAAAAUCAAGUGAUUCACUUAGUUUUCUGAAAGUGAUGGAAUUAGGUGUUUUAAAAGUUUAAGGUAGAUGUGGUGUCUGUAACUUUGUGUGAGAGUUUUACACAAAUCUCCCUUAUCUGCUAGGAAAAUCAGGAAUUAAAUGAAGGUGCAUUGUGAUAUUUCUUAUGAUUAAUUGUUUUUUAUUCUGGUUCAACAACAUAACUUUGUGAACUCUGUUUUAAAGCACUACUUGUAAUAAUUUUGCUAUGUAUUUGAAAAAUAAUCAGCUGUAUCACUGAUGCAUUUUAAAUGAAACACUUCUUAAUUUUCACAUCACAUUUACUUGUGUGAACUAACUUUUCAAGUUGAGUUAUCCCUUGACAACUUUUGUAACUUCAAACUUUGCUGCAAUGUGUGACAUUUGUUUCUGUAAUACAUUCCCAGAAAUAACUAAAUAACAUCAUUCAAAGUAAAUACAUACACAGCAUCACAGUUGUGUUGAAGACCAAAUAGAAACAAGAAAAACAAGGUAAUUUCCACUUAACGAUUUUCUAAGUGAAUAUAACAAAGUGUACUAGUGAAAGAAACGUUUUUCACCAUUGUUAGGAAAUCACAUUUAAUGUUAAAAGAUGAUUGUUAUCGUAGAAGGCAAAGUAAAUUACUCAUUUGAACUUCUUAUUUGAAUGCAGAGACAAAAAGAAAUAAAAUUUUUGUGGAAUGAAAAAGAAAAAAAGAGUAAAUCCUUCAACUGUAAUUGUGAAUCUAUUUUUAUUGGUUAAUAACAAAAACUUUUAUCGGUAAGAAUUUCUCAUCUCAUUAUGAACUAUUUUCUCUGGGAGAACUUUUAAGUCAUCAAACUAACGCUAUAAGAAUAACUUGAAACUCAUCCCCGGUGUAUAGUGCUAUUAUUCACAAAUUAGCUUAGAACAUUUUUUAAUUGAUAGUUUUGCAUUAGUAGCAGAGGAGAGUUUGAAGAUAAAAGUAGUUUCAUUUAUAUACAUAUUUCCAAAUUAUGUUUCAUUAGAUUAAACUUCUAAAUAUUAAUCAAGUUGAUUUCUUCACCUAUGCUUGUUUUUUUCAUCACCUAUAUUUAUUAUUCAUACAAUGCAGCAUUACUUUUUUGUUUAAAAAUUUAAACUCUGAACUUCACUUUUUUUAUUGGUUUGGUGUUAUAUUGUAAAGAGUGUAAAAAUGUGUAUCUAUAAUUAUAAUGUGAUCAUUUUGAACAAUACAAAAUGUUCUUGUGUACAAAGACUUUGUUUUGACUGUUUUACAAAUUGCCUUUAACAUUUCUAAAUAAGCUUACAACAGUCUAGGGUUUUAUAUGAUGUUAGAAUAGGUGCAGUAUGGUUGAAUGGUCAGAUAUUUAACUAAUCUUAGUUUAAUUGCUCUCUUACAUGUGCAGCCCUGUUUUUUAGUAUUAGAUUAGAUAGAGGUUUUAAGUUAUAUUAGUUUAAUUAUUGUUUAAACUUCGUUAUGUUCAAAUAAUUAGGUCAUACUACUGGUAUUCAAUUCAUAAAUAUCAAAUAAUAAGUAAUAAAAGAGCUACCACCUUUUGCAGCAAAAGUUACAUUGUCCUAACAGUACCACAGAACACAGCUGAAAAGGCAACAAGUUAAAUGCAAAUAUGAAACAUACACAAUCACAGAGAUCAAUACAACUGGGUCAUAUAGAAGCUGAAGCAGUUAGUUAUCUGCAAAUCUAUGUUAACAAAAAAUAAGAUAUUUUACCACACUACAGACAGUGAGAUAAGUUCAUAAUGUGAGUGAUUAUGUAAAUUUGCACAUUAGAGAAAUGUUUAUUGCUUUUUAUCACCAAAACUUGGAAAGAAGUGAUUGUUAUCAUGAAAGAAUAAAAGUAGGUUACAAAAUUUUGUCAUAUUGCUAAAAAAGUAUAUGUACAUGUAACUGGUGUUUCAAUGCAUAGUAAAAUAAUUCUUUAGUUAUAAUCAGUAUAUGCAUGUAAUUUUGGGGAAUUUUAAUUAUAGUAAAACAGAACUUUUUCAUCCUUAAAGACACAAAUAUUUUAUAUCUUGAAUGUUAAUUUUUAGUUACUGUCCACAAUUUAAGGUGAAUGGUGUACUCAUCUAUAUCUCAAACUGCCAUUAUUUCAUAUCAAUGAUUUCUUAUUUGCUUUAAAAAUACCAGACACACACACUUCAUCUCUAAACCAUAUCUAUAGUUUGAUUCAGGAACUUCUGAAGUGGAUUUAAGAAGUAUAUAUUUCUAUAAGAUGAUUUUUUGACCCUUGUGAAGUUUGUCAUAUUGUUCAUCUUUAAAGAGAUUAACUAAGAAAUAUUUUAGCAUGCACAAGUGAAACUUUUUUUCAGGCUAAACUAAUAGCAAAUACACAUAUUUAUUCUUAUUCUGUGCUUUUUAUUUCAUUACUUAGUGUAGUAAUUACCUACAAUUGCUUUGUUUGCACUAGAAAAAUAUAUGAUAUUAGUUACUGUGCAAGAAUAUCCUCAAAAUACUUUUCAUUAAUCAUUUUCCUUUACAACUAUAUAGUAACAGUAAGUCUGUCAUACUGAUUCAUGAUAACAUUGUCAUUUGUAAGUUUUCACACUAUAAACAUUCAAGUAUAUAAUUAUUUACGAAAACAAUUUACUAUAAAGGAAUCUAGAAAACCUAAUUCUAUAUAUGACAAAAUGUAUUUUCGUUUUAUAUCUUAAAAGUUCAGUUUUUAACAUAAGAAAAUAAGAAGCCAGUUUAGGGUAUGAAAUGUAAUAUUCUAUUAAUUUUCAAUCUCAAUUUUUAGGCUGAUUUUGCUGCAUGCAUAUGUUGUUUUUGUUUGCUAGCAACAUUUAUUACAACAAGGUAAAUUAUAGCCUCCCAGUAGGAAAUAAAUUUAAAAGGUAAAAUAUACAUAAAUAACAGUGUGUGUGACAAUAAGUAUGUUAUUGAAUCAAUUUUAGCUUUCCAAAGAAAAUAUUUGGCUCCAUAAAAACUUUCAAGAGGUGAAGUUCAUACACAAAUUAAUUAUUUGGCUGCUGGACAGUUUUCUAUAGUUUUUGUAAACUUUUUUUAGACUUUUAUUAAAUUAUUUAGUAGUCUGAAUAUUCUCUAAGUAAAAAUUAAUACAACAUAUCUUUUUAGACAGUUUGUAACAUUUGUAAUGCAGUGAAAUAAAGUUAUUUGCAGCUGUAAUGUAGGCCUAAAUAUCUGUAAGUUAGAAAAGACUUCCAAAUGAAUAAGCUGUAGGAUUGAGAUGUUGUAAUCUAUAUCUUGUCAAUAAAAAAUACCCCUUGAAAACUGCAACAAUAUGAAAGCCUUUUAUCAAAACUUACUUAUUGUUUGUGGCUAAACGAUAUGCAAUUGUGUAGUUGAUUUCAAACAUAUUUUGAUCAUUACAGAAAGUGGCUGGAAAAAUGUUAGCACCAGAUAGUGCAAUAUAUAAUGAAGUAAAUUAAUCAUCAUAACAAAUGUGUUAUACUCAAAGAAUGGUAAAAGUCAAGUUAUGUGAAACAGACAAUACAUUUCUUUAUUUGUCUCACAAACUUCAGAUACAGUUAAUAUAAGAAAGCUUUUAAUCAUUUUGAGCUAAAAACUAAUGACUGUCAAUCAAACCAACUGUUUGAAUGAUGCACCUGAGUUGGCUUGUUUUAACUGUAAAUGAAAUUGUGAAUGACAUAAAAAACAACAUUAACACACAGUUGUGCCCUAAUAUUUGAAUUUAUACUGACCGUAGUUGUUUUAAAACAGAAACAUUCCCCAAAAGGAGUUUAUCUUUAGAAAUUAACUAAAACUUAAAAGUCAGCUGAAUUACAACUUCAGUUGAUAAAUGAUAGAAAUUCCCAAAUUUACAUUUCUUACCUAUUCUCUCUGAAAGUUUUCUUUACUAUAAGGAACAUGAAUUUCUAAAUUUUUGCAAUUAUUUUCUUUGCACUUCAGAGAAGCAAGAGUUAAAAUUUUAAACUUUUAAUAAUUAUGUCUAUUGUGAAUUAUGUUAUUUACUAAAUCAGGAGCGAAAUCGGAGGCAGAAAAAUGUCUAAAAAUAAAAGCAGUUUUAUUGAAGUAUGAAUGAUCUACUCUUGUGUAUUGUUUAAAAUCUAAUAAAUAACUAAAUUACAACAAUUUUUAUUUAUAUAAUUAAAAGAUGUCGGAAAUGACAUUUUAAGUAUGAAACGUAUUUUAAUUAUUUAUUAGGUUUCUUGAAUUUGGUAAACUUGUGUGCUUGUUGUAAAUAUGUUGGUAAUCUAGUUAAGAAAACAAAUAUCAAAACAAUCAGAUCAGUAACAGUGUGUUUAGAAUGUGAUCAUCUUAUUAUUAAUCCACUUGUACUGUAGGUUACCUCGUAUUUUUUCAAAAAAUGUGAGAAACACUAUCAAACAUUUCAGUAUCAUAAUUACAGUGUUUCAGUGUUGAUUGUAAGCUGAAAGCCAGUGUGCUUUUUAAAGGGGAAAAAUUACUACGCAAAAAAUUGUGUUGUGUGUUUAGAAAUGAAUUUCAUUUGUUGUUGUUUUUUAUGCACAUAUAUACAGAUAGGUAGAGAGAGAGAGAAAAAAGCUUAAUAUUGUAUUAUCACGAGGUUGGAUUGAAUUUUCCCCAAAAAUUUGUUUACAGUUUGAAAAUUAUUUUCAACCUCAUUAUUACUUUAAUAUUCUCAUCAGUGUUGUAAUUUUUUAUGUUUCACUAAUCGAUAAAAAUCUUUUUUACUAUAAGAUUUAGUGGUAGCCUGCUUUUUAUUAAGGUAAAGAAAGAGGUAUUUCAUUCUUUUGUGACAGUUGCUGAUGAACUAACCUUUAUUUUGAUAUUUCACAAUAUUCAAAUAUUGCCCAAAAUGUACAAGUUAGGUUUAAAAUGGUUAGACAAGUUGGUAGUCUUCAGGUAAUAGAACAAAAAUCCUGAGCCUACAGGUAACUUACAACAGUAGCAUAUAUAGAUACCUGGUUCAGUAAUUUAAUCAGUAGAUUUAGUCAGGAUAGCCUGCGUGUAACCAUAAAAAGUUAUUUAUCAUAACUUCUGUCAUUUCAGAGAAAAUACUGAUCCAGAGUUUCAUCACCUUAGGGAUCAUUCAAGACUUUAAAUGGAAAAUUCAAAAGAAUAUCCUUAAGAAGUAAUAUGAAUAUAUUUAUAGGAAAAUUUAAGAAUAACCUUAAGAUGUAAUAUACAUAUACUUAUAGGAAGAUUUAAGAAUAGGGUUAAGAUAUUAUAUAAAAAUACUUAUAAUUUAAAAAUAACCUUAAAAAGUAACAUUCAUAUACUUAUAGGAAAAUUUAAGAAUAGUUUUUUUUUAUAGGAAAUUUAAGAGUAGCAUUAAAAUGUAAUAUAAUUAUACUUGCAGCAAAAUUGGAGAACAGCCUUAAGAUGUAAUAUUAAUAUAUUUACAGUAAAAUUUAAAAAUAGUCUUAAGAUGUAAUGUGAAUAUACUUGUAGUAAAAUUUAAGAAUAGGCUUAAAUUGCAACAUUUGUAUACUUUGGUAAAUUGAAAUGCUCAUUUAGUAUUUCUUUAAUAAGUGGCUUGUUAUUUGUUGUUGUUUUUUCUAGCUCGGAGAACAACUAGCUGCAAAUUACCUUUUUUGUUUAUUCAUGGGUUGUUUUGUAGAGGAUUUUAUUUGCUCAUUACAAGACCUUAGUGAAAAUAAUAUUUCAGCACAAAGAAUCAGUUUGUAAUUUUUUACAUUGAUGCUAAUACGAUGUCCAACCUCAAAAGUAUUUAAUUAGUCUUUCAUGUUCAUAGUAUGAAGUACUAUUAACUAAUUGAAUCAAUACUUUAGUGAACUUAUUCCGUUUUUUAAAUUUUUUGUUUAUUUCAAAAGCUUUUGGCUACAAUACCCAAACUUUUGACAGAAUGAUUUAAUGUUUUAAGAUUAUUGUGCAUUAAAGAUUUAGAAAGACUUUGGUAUUCCAACAGUAAAUCCAUAAAUUCAAAUUUCUGUGAAGCUGACAAAUGAUUCAUUUAACUAUUGUAGUAUAUGGAAUGAAAAACUAAAAUAACUUGGCAAACAUUCACUGUUAUCUGAUAUUUAGUUAGCUGUAUAUAUAUCAACAACUGUACUGAUAGUUUGCAAGGGAACAGCAAGCCUACCUGUAGGUCUACUAAUUCUCUCAAUUUAAUUAUUUUCAAUACUUUAAGGUUUUUUUUUGCUCAUGGCACAUUAUUAUUGUAGAGGUUAUGAUUUAUAAAUUCAAUGAUGGACUUUCAUUAGUCUUGAUAAACAUAACCAAGCAUCCUAAUGUUACAUUGUUAUAUAACAUCUGGAUGUGAGAUUACAGUAUUUUCAGAUUGUGUAUCAAAAAAAAAUUAAAGUAAGUAGUCAAUGUUAGUCCAAAUCCAAUGUUUUUUAUUUUAAAUUGAGCCAUUAUCCCACUGCAAUAACGUUUUAACAUGUGUCUGUAGUUUCCAUCUACUUUUUCUAGCUUUGUUUAUACAAGGUUUUCAACAUUAAAUAGAAAAGCUUUUGGGUGAACAGUAUUCUAAUGAAGAUUAAGGCUAUAGAUAUUUGCUUAUUAGACCUCUCUUGUUUUGUGGGAUGUUAGAAAAACCUAGGCAAUAUCAUAAAUUUUAAAUCAUGUUUUCGUAUUGUAAAUCUUUUUUUUUUUUUGUAACUAAUAUAUAUAUAUUAGAAUACAUUGCAUGUAUUUGCAAGGGAUUAGAUUAUAGUAAAUUUUCUAUUGUGCUACAACACAAUAUAUAUUUCUAACUAUAAUUAACAAAUUGUAAUUCAUAAAUACUCAAAUAAAAAUUGUCAAAGAACCCCUACUUGUGAAACUCUGGAAGGUAUCUUUAAAUUUUAUUUAAACGUUUUAAAAAGAAGAGAAACAAAACAGAAUAAUUAUGUUUUGUAUAUAUUUUUUAGAUUAAAGAAUUAGAAAGACUUGGAUUUUUCUAACUGUAAAUCUAAAAUGUCAGCAUUCAUUUUUACUAUUUUAUGAAGCUGGUAGAUGUAAAAUAUAACUGCUUUGAUUAAAACGUUUUGGAACAGAUAUGAAAUAAUUUCGUCUCAGGAUGUUGUAGAUAUUUUGAGUGAAAUAAAUAAGCAACAACUCUAUAGAAUGGU